CCUUCAUUACUCUGUCUAAUGUGGCCGGACGGGACAAACCUGAGGAAGGAUGCGGGGUUUUGCACAGCGGACAGGUUGUCGGUCAUCAUCAGGAAACAAGCAGGACGAACUCCGAAUGUUUGAUAAAAGAAAUUCCCUCUGAGCGCAGGGAGAGAUAGAGAGAGAGAGAAAGAGAGGGCAGAGCUGGAUCAGGAGUGACUUUAGAAGUGACAGACGACCCAAACACAAGAAGACAGACAUCCUGCGUGUGUAUGUGUCACCGUGUCCGCGUCUGGCCGAGUAUCCGACGAGGAGGAAAGAGACAGAGAGACGGCGCAGUGAGGGAGAGCAGCACCAGCAGUCUGUCAGAGCUCCUGUCCUUCCUAACUUUGACAAUUCCAGCGGGCUUCAGGGGGACUUCAGAUCUCAAGCUGCGAUGGAGCUUUGGAAGCGCAACGGAUCUGUAUUGGUUGGAGUUUACCUGUGGGCGACGUGUUACUAUCAAGCUUGUCAUGGCGGGGUUUACCAGAGGAAACUGUACCAUGACCUGAUGGUAAACUACAGUCGUCUGGAGAGACCAGUCCAAAAUGACUCUGCACCUAUUCUUGUGGAACUGGGCCUGACAUUGCUACAGAUUAUUGAUGUGGAUGAAAAGAACCAAGUAAUGAUCACAAAUGCAUGGCUGCAGCUGCAUUGGACAGAUAUUUAUCUGUCAUGGAACCCAGAGAACUACCCCGGGGUUCAGAAUCUCCGUUUUCCUUCCAAUCUGGUUUGGGUUCCAGAUAUCCUCCUCUACAACAGUGCCGAUGAGAGAUUUGAUGCCACGUUUCAUACUAAUGUCCUGGUCAAUGCAUCCGGAGCCUGCCAAUACAUCCCACCAGGUAUCCUGAAGAGUACUUGCUAUAUUGAUGUCCGGUGGUUCCCAUUUGAUAUCCAGAAGUGUGACCUGAAGUUUGGCUCAUGGACCCACAAUGGCUGGCUACUGGAUCUUCAGAUGAUGGAUGUCGACAUUUCUACAUACAUACCCAACGGGGAGUGGGACCUUGUAGGUGUGCCCGGAAAGCGCAACGAGCUGUACUAUGAGUGCUGCAAGGAACCCUACCCUGAUGUGACGUUCACUGUCACUAUGCGUCGCAGGACUUUGUACUACGGGCUCAACCUACUCAUCCCCUGUGUGCUCAUUUCUGGACUGGCCCUUUUGGUCUUUCUGCUUCCUGCUGACUCUGGAGAAAAGAUCUCACUAGGUAUUACUGUGCUGCUUUCUCUAACAGUGUUCAUGCUGCUAGUUGCAGAGAUCAUGCCUGCCACUUCAGACUCUGUUCCUCUAAUUGCACAGUACUUUGCCAGCACCAUGAUGAUUGUGGGAUUGUCUGUGGUAGUAACAGUCCUGGUUCUACAGUUCCACCACCAUGAUCCCAGAGGAGGCAAAAUGCCUAAAUGGGUCCGUGUCAUUCUACUGAACUGGUGUGCUUGGUUCCUUCGCAUGAAGAAGCCUGGAGAAGAGAAUAAGACAGCUGUGAGCUCGAGUAACCCUCCAACUUACAAGUAUGCUCACUCUCCUCACCACACCAGUACCACCAGCGUCCAGAUGAGCACUAUACCAGGGCAGGCGUCCACCCAGUCAACUACCACCAAUGGGAACAUGAAGCUGUACUUUGGCUACCACUCCAUGGGAACCGACAACCCCACUUUCCCACCGAGCACCGACUCAGACUUAGUGACAGGUGGCGUUCCUGGUGAAGGAGGCAUAGGGGGAGGAAACCACCUCAGUAGUUCCUCCCAGCCCGACAUCCACUCAGACCAUACACGGACAUUGCUGUUGGAGCAAAUCCCAGAAAUCUCACUCAUCCUGGAAGAAGUGCAGUACAUCGCUAGGCGCUUUCGAGAUCAGGACGAAGGGGAGGAAAUCUGCAGUGAGUGGAAGUUUGCUGCCGCUGUGGUGGAUCGCUUAUGCUUGGUGGCCUUCUCGCUGUUCUCCAUCAUAUGCACCUUUACUAUACUCAUGUCAGCUCCAAAUUUCAUUGAGGCAGUGUCAAAAGACUUUACAUAAAGCUAUUUUCUUCCCUAUAUGAGAAGAAAAAGGAACGUUGAUGUAAAAAGAUUUCAAACAUGGUUAAAUCCACAACUACUUCUAGGUAAAGUCUCACAGGCUGAUCUAGUCUUACAACCUUUGUGCAGAGGAUCAUAUCGUCUUUUUCUCUUUGUGCAUAUUGUUGGGAAGAUUUAUUUUCUCCCUUUAAGGUGUCUUUCAUGGAUAAAUAAAUGCAAAGAAUAGGAUGGUGAUGCCACAUGCUAUGUGAAUAAUGUUAAAAACUCACUUUGAUGCACUUUUCAACUUUAUCCCUAGUGGACCACCUCAUUUACCUGCCACCACUGUGACUUCUCAUCUCAUGAGUAUAGUCUCCUCACUCUCGAUCCUUUUUUCUUUUUUCUAUUCUCCCCCACAUCCCACAGUUUAACUUCCAUUAUGAACAUUCACAUACAGUUUGUCAUUAUACAAUCAAAAAACAAUGUUUUCCUGAUCUGUAGUUAUGAAAAUUUUGCUUUUACAUUGUUGAAACUAUUACGCAAUGCUGUUUCAUUUGUUUAGAAGUAAAAAAUGUUUGGUGUUUACUCUGGAAAUUCACAGAAUGUUGCUGACUCAUAGGCUAUAACAGCAUAUUGUUUUCAGCUUUAUUUAAACUGUGAGUUAUCUUGCGGAUUAUCCAGUCUGUUAUUUUUAACAGAUCUUUUAAAUGGAUUUGCUAAAUAAAUAUAAGAAUCUAAGACAACUGACAACCUGCUCACACCUGGUAGUAGCACCAAUCCCGAGCAUUCUGCACUGCACUAAACAUAACUGUGAACUCACUCUGGCUGUAUUGAGUAGGGUCCCCUUAAGAUCACAUUCAGUGUUGGUCUGGGACCAUUGUAUCUUAACUACUUUGGCAGUUUGAAACCUAUCCUUACUGGGAGAAACUGAAAGACAACCCACUGACUUGAUGUCACGUCUGUCAAGCAGUAAUUCUAACCAUAAUCUCUCUCAGUAAAAAAAAUAAAAAUCUGGAUAGUGAUAUUGGUGAGUGAUUUUUCUGUCUUUUAUGUAUUUGUAAUGACUUUGGACCUACCUAAUGUAGUCGCUACAUUAUAAAAAAAAUUUAUGGAAAGGACAAAAUCUCUCCAAAUGUAGAACAUCCACUUGCUUUAAUGCAGCAAAAUGUGUGUAAAGUAAUAAAAAUCAUGCCAGUGA